AUGGCAGAUACGAACUACCAAAACUAUUUUUUCGGUCCAGUCCGGUUCUCUUUGGCCGCCGGAGAGGGCCUGAAGGUUCCUAUUCUUACGCCAGAUUCGCUUAGGCAACUGACUAGGGUUCAAAAAAUCACCCACGAGGGCUGCUCCAUGUUGAGCAUCUCAAGCGAGGCGGCCCUUGUGUGGUCAUUCUUAGUUGGGGACCAAAAUAUUCCCAACGCUGAGGAAGUCAAACAAAAAAAUGAAUUAGAUUUCUUAACAUGGGUUAUAAGAGAAGCAAAGGAGAAGGGGGAAGUCGUUUCUGAAAACCCUGAUGGAAGUUGGAGGGCAUACAAGUUUCCGGUCCAGUGGCAGUCUGGUACUCCUCGUGAAACUACUCAGGAUUGUUAUGUUCUAUUGGGCGAUUACUCAAGUCAUGACAUCCCGAGUCUUCACGAGGCUAUUGGGCAUGAAAGAUUGCUCGCAUGUACAGAGCGGGCGAUUGAAGUGAUGAGCGGGUGUGAUCAACGCCGUCGCUGA